AUGGAUAACCACAUUGUUUUGUUUUUGAUGAGCAGUGGUGCCUUAUUUCUAGCAGUUACUGGAAAUGGUAUGGAACAGAUGAUGACAGCAGAAGGACCUAUAAGUCCUAAUUUCUGUAAUAGCAGUGAUAUUUUGGAAGAAGCUGGUCUUAUCAAAUCUACACUUGGCCAGUUUUUGGGAUACGAAUGUAGUGAAGAAUUCUAUCAUUGCAGAUGGCAAAGCGACGGUUUUCGAACCUACCGUAAGAAAUGCAAACCUGGAUUGGUCUACGACGUUCUUGGAACUCAAAAUUGCAACUAUGAUUAUAAUGUGAAGAGUUGUGGUGUCAGAAGUGGGGGACCUGUGCAAUGUAAUGGAACAGAUUUCUAUUGCUCACUUUCCGAACAAUGCGUGCCAAUGUCAUCUAGAUGUGAUGGUCAUUACGAUUGCUCCAUGGAAGAAGAUGAGCAAAAUUGUCCGCUCUGUACUGCCGGAGAGUUUGCUUGUAAAGUUUCUGAGCAAUGUAUUUCCCUGGAUAGAAGAUGUAACGGAUUGAUUGAAUGUGAUGAUGGAACUGAUGAGAGAGAUUGUGAUGUUUGCGGACAUGGCCUCUUCCAUUGUGGAAAGAGUAAUGAAUGCAUUCCAAUGGAUGAACGAUGUGAUGGUAGAAGGCAAUGCCCACAUGGUGAAGACGAAAUGCUUUGCAAGAAACCUGAGAUGGAGAAGAAGUUUACAUGCCAAUCUCGCGAUUAUGAAAUUCCUACGAAUCAAGUUUGCGAUGGAAUGCCACAGUGUCCAGACGGUUCUGAUGAAGCAUAUUGCGAGUAUCCUGGAUCUCCAAAAUCUCAAACAGCGAUCUCUUUCUCUUCUAAUUUGACGCCAGUAUCAGAAUCACGUCCAGCUCCUCCACUCCCACCAGCACCACAACAGCCAGAACCGGAAGAAACUGAAGAAGAUUAUGAUUACGAACAAAUCAAAGAUGAAAACGCCCCAGCAGCAUUCCCAAUGAUUUCUUUGGUUCCAUUGCCACCAACGACAACUACAACUACAACCUUCGUUCCACCAACUACACGAGUCAUGACAAGAGUUCCAGCUCCAGCUACCAGAGUUGCCAAACCAGCAUUCAGUAGACCAAGACCAAAGCUCCCAUCAACAGAUGACAACCGGCCAACUGUGAACCAAAAAACUGUACAGACAACGAAUACGAAAAUUACAAGACCUCCAAAGGUAAUCCAAACCAGCCGAACUAGCCUCCGAAUCACCUCUCAAACUCUUCCUCCAACACGACAAACCACAAAUUUCGAAAAGAAAAUGCCACAAGCAAUUGUUCAACCACCUCGAUCUCCAGCUCUACCUCAACCAAAAGAAGAAAAAGUUUUCAUAAUGCAAGUGACAGCUUCUCCAUCAGUUCGACCACCUCUUCAAGAACUUCCCAGAGCUUCUUCUGGAUCUCGAGCGGUAUCAAAAGCACUUCCAGUAAAAGUUCCGGGGGCAGAUAACGACAAUAUUCUCGCUCAGAUCACAAGUCAACUCAAUGGGGGAAUGAGUCCAGAGCUAUUAGCGAAAAUCGAAACGAUAAUCAAAUCGGAAAUGCAAGGUGGCGAGCCUCGUCACCGAAGGUUUCAGCCACGCCUUUGA